ACAUUUACUCGUUCCAGUAACAAAACAAAACUCUCAGAACACGUUUCGAAACGUGAUGCAAUUUAUUUAGUCAGCUCGCUAAUGCUUUUUAAACAGAGCAAACUUUAAUUUACAAUUAUGAAGGUCGAGGUCUUACUUAUCAACUACACCGCGAUUCGCAGAGUCAUGUGAAUUUUUAGCUGUUUGUGUUAAAUUUUAACAAGAUCCCGUAUUAUUUUAUAAUGUAUUUCUACAUUUUAGUUGCCCUAAUAAUAUGGCUCGUUAUCCAGAUGAACAGACUUGUUGAGGCACUCAACAAAAAAGGCGACGGCAUAGCUAAUAAAGUGAUCGGCAAAAAAAGUGGUGACCCAGAGCCGCAGAUUGCGACGAGGAAAGUGAAAAUAAAAAGUCUCUAUCGGCGGAACAAACCGGAAGCUAAGAAAGAUAAGUACCCGUUUAAAAGUUACUACGCCAAACCAGACCUCGCAGAAGAAACAGACAUUCCCGUUAUACGCAAAAGUGAUUCGUCUUCGAGCAUAGAUAAGAUAGAAAAAGAGUUAUCUUAUUUCGUAAUGGAGAAGAAACGAGGUGUAUUUUCUAUUUUUAGACGAAGCAAGUCGACAACAAGCACAUCAAAGUUAAAACCCAGUGAUGAAAGUGAUAAGAAGUUUAGCACGUUAAGUCCACAAUCAACGAAGAAAAUCACCAAAGAGGAUGAGGUGCGAUACGCCAAAAACCACAUACAAAAAUUCAACAAAAUCAAAGAUCGAUUCGAGAAUGAACCCGUGGAAAACAAUAACGAUAUAAAACGAGACUCCAAGACUUUAAUAUUGCAAGAUAUUAGAGAUAACUUGGAAAGACAGGUGGAAACGCAAAAAGAAAUUAAACAUAGCUCUAGAAGACCUCAAAAUAAACAAACUUUUGAUACUAUAGAUGUUGUGACGAUAAGAAAACAUGAAAAACCAACACCAAAUCCCAAACCUGUGUACAUAGAAAACAAUACAAAAGUAGUAUCUUCACCUAAGCUUAAAAUACCUUCCAACAGAGUCAUAGAGCAAUUACGGCCUAGAACCCCAACUAAAAAUACCAACAGGAUUAUUUUUAACGAAGACCAACAAAUUCAGAAGAAACCACUAGCUAAAACCAGAAGUUUAAACCACAAUCACCCAGAGGGACUUGUGUUUAACUACGAUCAAAAUGCUAUAGCUAAAUUACAACACCAAAACGAUAUGAGCCCUAUACCAUAUACACCUAGCCCUCCAGCAAAUAAAAAUCUUAUGAAGAAAAGCGUGGAAGCAUACUACUGGAGGGAAUUAAGAAAAAUGCAGGAGGAGGAACUUAGUAGGGAGUUAGAGUACAACCAAAGAAUACACGGUUACUUGAACUCCCAACUGAAAAGUAAUAGUAUGUCCCCUAUUUCUCAAAGAAAUACUAGACAAUAUUACCCAGAUGAAGUAUAUUCCCCUAUCUAUGAAGACGUACCCAUCGUUAGAAGGAGCAGCUUAAUGGAAAACCCUACACAAAUGCAGUACAAUAGACCUGCUAGUAGUAGUACCAUAAAUUCUAGAUACAUGUUAGUACCAAUCAAACAAAAUGAAGUCUACUAUUCCGACGAUGAAUACGCCAGACCAUACGUGCAACAACGACCCAGGAUAAGAAGACCAACACCGCAAAACAACCAAACCUACUAUCAUCCCCAGAACAGCAUAAGGAGAUCGUACACCCCUUCCAUCAGUGGUGCUAGUGCUAGUGCCAGUACUAUAUACGACUACCCGGGAAAUGUUCAUCAACAAAUUAGGUUAAGUUACGCCCAACCUCAACACAAAAAUACCAUUCAGCACACACAAAACGGCGUAUAUGGGACUGUGCAAAAUAAUCCGCAGUUUGUGAGAAAUACACGUUUUACUUCUAGUAUGGGUAACAUGCAGAAUUACCCGCGUGGUUCCCAAAACCAUGCGAUUUAUGGGCGGCUUGUUUAA